AUGUCACGUUGUAUUGGCGCGAAUUAUAAAAUUGUGAAAUGUGUAAAAUGUGAUAUCGAAUGGAAAGGAGAGACUUGCCAAGAUAGAGAUUGUUCAAAGAAGAACGGAGCUUGUGGUAAAGAUAAGAAAUGCAUUGAAUCUUUUGUAAACAAUAAGAAAUACACAGAAUGUGUUUGCCCUACCGGCACAGUUAGAAACAAUUAUGAUGAUUGCCAAGCUAGUUCUAGCAUAACCAAUUUUGUUGUUAGACUGAAUGAAACGUUUGAUACAUCAGCUGAUUAUGAUAUAAGAAAAAAGGUUAAACAUUGUGGGAGGUGGGGUGCGACAGUAUAUGGUCCGUGGAAACCGAUGGAAGUUGUUUGCGUGAAUUUCACUCUGAUAUCAAGGUUUGUGAUCAUUCAACAAUCAGAUGAAAAUUUCCAUCUUGGUGACGUAGCAAGUAUGGAAGUGGAAGUUUAUAGCGCUGAUUGCUAUAUUAACAAUGGAAACUGUGGUGAAAUGCGUUGCACUGAAGUUCUGUAUGAUAAUGUAUCAGUUAUCAAAUGUGAAGAUUUUAAAAAGGAAAUUUUCAUACCCGCCCCAGAUUCCAAUGGCCAAUCAACCUAUGGAUGCUUCAGAAGAGUUCAACUCGAAUUUGAACUACACGAUGACGUAAUAUCUACAAAAGCAUGUGGAAGCUUGUGUAAAAAAAAAUCGUACAAAGUAGCGGCAAUAAAGGCUGGCUUAAAAUGCUUCUGUGGAAACAAAGUUUAUGCGAGUGAUCAGGUGUCAAUCAAUCGCUGCAUGCAGGAAUAUCACGAUUCUUUCAUAGUAUAUGACGCUCAAUCGAGUGUCAAUUAUAAAGAUGCAAGUAAGUGGUAUCACUUUUGUAAGAAUGAUCCAGAAGAAGCAGAUAAGGAAUAUUGUAAAUCUGGGAAGUGUUCAGUGUCCUACAUUGGAUGUUAUCAAUUCAUUGAAAAAGUAAAAACGAAAGAUGUCGGAUCGGUUUUGGAAUGUUUGACUUUCUGCAGACAGGAAAAAACUAAUUUCUUGGCUUUGAAAGGAGGCAAAGAAUGCAGCUGUAACGACAGAUUGGGAUCGGCUGUUCCUUCCUCUUACUGCAACACUUCAUGUCCCAACAACGAGGCUUGUGGUGGAAAUAUCUAUUAUUCCAUUUAUAAAAACGGGUAUCGAACAAAACAUGACGUGUUCGUUUCAUAUCGAGCUGGCAGUACAACUACUCAACAUGAUCUUGAAUUCCAUGUACCAUAUACUCUCGAGAUGUGCGCACAUUUCUGUUUGGAAAUGAGCCUGACUUAUUUCAUGAUGAAAGAUGCAAUCACAUGCUCUUGUGCUCAAAAUGCAGCAAUAAUUCAGCCGUCGUUGAGUCAUUCCAACAUUCCGUGUCGUUCGUGUAAAAACGAUGAAGACGAAAUUUGUAAAUGUUAUUCCGAUUCUUACUCUACAGAUGAUGUCUUAUCUGGAACUCGUUUUACGUACGACUUUCAAAGAGGGUUGUCUUCUUACUCCCGCUGUCCGAUAACUGGAAAACUCAAGUUGAUGCAUUUUUGUGCAAGUGGUUGUGAUGCUGGGUGGAAAGGAUAUGACUGUAGAGAAAGAGAUUGUACUGUGAGGAAUGGAGAUUGUGGUGCUGAAAUGAAAUGCGUUGAAUCUUUGGUAAACAAUACAAUGUACACAGAAUGUGCCUGUCCCACCGGCACAGUUAGAAACAACUUUAACUUGUGUGAAGUUUUCAGAGAAAACCUAGCUCUGCAUAAGCCAGCGUUUUUGAGUUCGGUAAAUGGAGCAAACGAAGCUAAAUAUUUGACUGAUGGGAUUUAUUAUGACUUUAAAUUUGCCCAAAUCAAUGACAAGAAAUCGAACUGGAUGGCUGUUGACCUUCAAAUGUCUUAUUGCAUUGGAUAUGUCAUUGUUUAUAACAGAUUCUCAGAGACAGAUUCAAUUAUGCAUCAGUUAGACAAUUUCGUUGUGAGACUCAAUGGAACGUUUGACACUUCAGCUGACUAUGACAUAAGGAAGAAGGUUAACCUUUGUGGGAGGUGGCCGUCUGAAGCUCUCAAUGGAGUGAACCAGAUGAAGGUUGUCUGCGAAAAUUUUACACUGAUAUCAAAGUUUGUCAUCGUACAAGAGGCAGAUAAGAAUUUCAUUGGAAGCAUGGGAGUCGUUGAGUUAGAAGUUUAUAGCGUUGGUUGUGAUGUUAACAACGGUAAUUGCGGAGACUUGCACUGCGCUGAAGUUCUGCAUGGUGGUGUAACAGUUAUUAAAUGCGAAAUCUUAGGUGAUGAUAUCGUCAUAUCCUCGCCAGGUUUGAAUACAGAUUCUAUUUACGGAUGUUUCAAACGAGUCAGCCACGAGUAUUUGCACGACCAUUAUGCCUUAACGAAAGCAGGAUGUGCAAAUAUUUGCAAAUCGAAGUCGUACGGUUUAUCUGCAAUGAAGUUGAUUCAAGCGUUGAUUACAACGAUGCCUCAAAGUGGUAUCGAUUUUGUAAAAAUAAUCAAUCGGAAUCUGAUGCUGAAACCUGCAAAUCCGGAGAAUGUUCGUCUGGUUGGGUGGGUAGCCUUUGCAAUAGUAUAUUGUCUCUGGAAAAGUUCGGUGUUAACAGUGCACAUACGUGAGGGUCAGAAUUUGAGGUUGACUUGCUUCACAAACGAAUACAGUACGGUGGGUGAUUUUUAUUGGACUUAUGUGAAUGGGGACCCUGUCAUGAAUUAUUCUAUUGGCGAAGCAAAAGUAACAUUGAAUAAACAACGUACCGUGCUAUUGUUUGAAAAUGCGAUCAGUAACAUGUCAAACAAUUAUUAUUGUUCUGAUACCGCGUACCUCAGACACCAUCGUAUUCAGUACAAAGUUUCAGUGUUUUCAAUUGCUCAAAUGGAACACGUUAUCGUUUUCAAUUUUUCCGUGGCAAGCUGUUCAGAAAAAGAAUUUAAUCUUGCCGAGAUAAUAAUAAAGGACGACGUCUGUAGAUUAUUUAAAAGUGACUGCCCCUACAAGUUUCAGCAAGAAUGUGUUGGAGAUAAAAUAGAAAAAAGAAACAUCUUUAAAAACUCCAAAAGGAUGAUUGAUGCAAGUAUUAGUGCGACUAACGUAGUCAAACCUUAUUUUGAGAAACUCUGUGGCACAAACUGUUCUUUGUAUAAUAUGCUUCAAAUUUUUAAAGCCAAAGUAUGUGAUUCUGUUUUGUUUAUUAUUAAGCAAAUGUGA